AUGCAAGCGACACCUCUGCACUGUUGCGAUCGCAAUACCCUCCGCCUGUGUGCCGCCUUGGUCGUGCUCUGCCUCCUCCUCGCCCACACCUUGACCGGCAGCGACUCCACCUCCACCUCCGCUGCCGAUGCCGCCGUCAUGCUCAGCGCGACGGCGCCCACGAUCGGCGCGGUCGAGCACCGCGGCUGCGUCUUCGAGAAGGUCUGCUACCUCCCCAACGAGUCGGACUUUGUCUUCUACUCGCGGCCGGGAAACGUCUCCGAGCUGUCGCUGCCCGCGGUGUACGACCACCGACAGGGCGCGCAGCACACAUUCCGGUGGCGGAAGAGCCGCGGCGACGGCCGCAACGCCGACUUCGUCGCGCUCAACAAGGACGUGCCCUACAAGCGGCAGCUCACCUGGUCAGCUCGCACGCAGCCGGGGCCGGUGCCGGCGGGAGCCGUGUGGGCAAGAGGCGUGAGCGCGCUGUCGGCUCCGUUUGCGCCGACCAACCUCGGCCACGUGGCGUGGGACGAGGCCUUCCCGCUCCUCGCCGCGAUGGCGCAGCUGGGCGUCUACUCGCCAUCGCUCCGCGUCCUGCGAACACACUCUUGCGCCACCCUCGCCAAGCGCGCCUCCUCCUCCGCCGUCUGCCGCAAGUUUGCCGCCGCCUUCCUCGGCCCGCUGACCGACGCGCGGGCGGCCGCCAGCGCGCUGCAGGAGCCGCCCACCCUUGAGGCGGAGGCGCGCGCUCUCGCCGGCGGCGGCGGUGGCCGCCCCGUCUGCUUUGACAAGCUUUUGGUCGGCGGCACGUUCGACUCCUUCAACCGCGAGGAGCUCAACGUGGGCAAGGAGCCGCUGAUCGCCCUCUACCGCGCGCGCGUCCUGGCCGCCCACGGCAUCUCGCCGACCGCGCCCCCCUCCUCCCACACCAUCAUCAUCGUCGCGAAGAAGGGACGGCGCGCAAUCGCAAACGUCCGGCGCGUCGCGGCGGCAGUCCGCGCGGAGUUUGGCUCCGUCGCGGAGAUCGUGCUCACUGAUUGGGCGGGGAUGAGCAUGGCCGAGCAGCUGCGGCUCGUCGCGAGCACCACGGUCGCCGUCUCCCCGUGCGGAGGCAUCUCGAUGCUGCUCCCCUUCCUGCCGCAGGGCGCCGCAGCGGUGCUCGUCAACUACAUGCUCGGUGAGGGGGAGGAGGCGAGGCACGGAGAGUGCGACCCCGCCGCGGGCGGGUGCUCGUGGACGAUGGAGGCGGAGCUGUGGAGGCACGUGCGGCACGUCACCAAGGUGUACUACCAGGCCCAGAGCCCGAUUAUUCCACGGAGUUUCGUACGUCGCUACGGCGAUGGCGGCAACCAGAGAAAAAUCUUCGUGCAGGCUGAGAAUCACAGCAUGGACCAUGGGCGGUGGAGCAGUGGACUCGUGGCAGACAGGGCCUACGAUGUCCUCGGAGCGGAAAGUUAG